AUGCAGUGCCACCAUCUCUCCCCACCCAACGCCGACUUUGCCUUCGCCCUCUACAAGAACAUCAACUCCAAGACCGCUGCUGGAAAGAACAUCUUCUUCUCCCCGUUGGGGGUGUCCACUGCACUGUCCAUGCUGUCCACCGGGGCGCGUGGCGAGACACACAAACAGAUGUUCUCCACGCUGAAUUACAACAACAUGAACCAGAGCUUUGUGGAUGAUGCAUACACUCACCUGUUCCAUAUGCUCGGACACAGCCAGGAAAGCCAGGUACUGAACGUAGGCAACGGUCUGGCCCUCCGCACCAACUUUGCUCCUCUUGACAGCUUCACUGCCAACAUCAAGGAGCACUACUCUGCAGAGAUCUUCAAUGUUGACUUUCAGAAACCACAAGAGGCAGCUGCAGAAAUCAACACUUUCAUAGCAAAAAAGACACAAGACAAGAUUAAGGAUAUGGUGAAGGAUCUGGACCCCGCUACUGCCAUGGUCCUCAUCAACUACGUCUAUUUCAGAGGACAGUGGGAGAAACCAUUUGAUGCCAACUUCACAAGCAAAGCUGAAUUCACUGUGGACGAAAACACCAAAGUGGAGGUGGACAUGAUGAAGAGAACUGGCCGUUACGACUUCUACCUGGACAUGGACAACCACACCUUGGUCAUCCUGCUGCCGUACAAGGGCAACACUUCCAUGAUGAUUGUGCUGCCUGAUGAGGGAAAGAUGACGGAAGUGGAGGAUGUCAUCUGCAAAGACCACAUCAAGCACUGGCACGACUCUCUCAUCAGAGCGUCUGUGGAUCUGGAGAUGCCCAAAUUUUCCAUCUCUGGGGAUGCAGCUCUGGAUGAAAGCCUGAAAGAACUCGGCAUGACCGAUGCUUUUGGCGAUAAGGCAGAUUUUGCAGGAAUUUCUGAGGAGGUCAAGCUCAAAGUCUCAAAGGCUUCACACAAGGCUGUUCUGAGCGUAGACGAGACGGGGACUGAAGCUGCUGCUGCCACCACCAUCGAGGUGAUGCCCAUGAGCAUGCCAGAGAGGCUGUCCCUCAACCGGCCCUUCCUGGUCUUCAUCCUGGAGCACUCCACCAAGAGCAUUCUCUUUAUGGGCAAGAUCAGCAACCCCACUGAAGUUUAA